UUAGUCCACAAUCUUCUUCACGACCGGUACAACUUUGCCUCGUCAGACACAAUGGCUUCCAUCAAGACCAUCUCCCCCUCAACAAACAAAGUCGUCUGUGAGCUCCCAGAGACCUCCCUUGAUGAGGCGCGGGACAUAGCUCGGCGAUCUCUAAUCGCCUUCCAGUCCUUUCGCAAGCUCGACUUGGCCCAGCGACGGGCGAUAGUGGAGAAGGGACUCGCUGGAAUUCAGGAACGGAAAUUCGGACUUGGCCAUGAACUCGCUGAGCAUAUGGGACGGCCUGUUGCCGCGAGCCAUAAGGAAAUCGAGACCAUGCAGAAGCGCGCUGAUUAUCUCCUCGAUAUUGCUGAAGAGGCACUGGCGAGUCUGCCGGGACGCCCCGAGAAGGGAUUCCGGAGGGAGAUCAAGAAGAUUCCUGUCGGGCCAACGCUUAUUGUUUUUGCUUGGAACUUCCCUUAUCUCAUCAUCGUCAACGCUCUCAUUCCCGCCCUGCUAGCAGGAAACUCGGUUAUCCUCAAACCUUCCCCCCAGACACCUCUCAUUGCAGAGCACCUCGUCGAUAUCUUCAAAAAGGCUGGCCUGCCCAAGGAUGUCCUUCAAGUUGUCCAAUCUGGGGAUCCGGAAGCGCUGAAGGAGCUUGUCAAGCUCCCUGAGCUCGGCCUCGUCAGCUUUACCGGUUCCACAGUCGGCGGUCUGGCCAUUCGUGAAGCCACCAGUGGACGCACCAUUCCUGUCAACCUGGAGCUUGGGGGUAAUGAUCCGGCCUACGUUCGACCCGAUGCCGACCUCAAGUACGUCGCCGCUCAAUUGGUUGAUGGCGCUGUCUUCAAUUCCGGCCAGAGCUGCUGUGCUAUUGAGCGUAUAUAUGUCCAUGCUGAUGUGCACGAUGCCUUUGUCCGUGAAGUCCAAGAAGAGCUCAAGAGGUACAAGCUCGGUGAUCCCCUCGAGGCAGACACCAUGGUUGGGCCAGUCAUUUCCCGCGCUGCUCAGAACAACAUCAAUGCACAGAUCCAGGAUGCUCUAGCCAAGGGCGCUGUGGAUGCGACGCCUAAGAACGAGAGCUUCCUCAGUGCAUCCCCCACGGGCAACUAUGUCCCCCCUACUCUUUUGACCCACGUUACACAUGAGAUGGAUGUCAUGCGCGAGGAGACGUUCGGUCCUGUGAUCCCCGUUGCCAAAGUCAAGGAUGAUGAGGAAGCCCUGCGCCUGAUGAACGAUAGCGACUACGGUUUGACUGCCAGUAUCUGGACCAAGGAUAUUGCCCGCGGGGACGAGCUAAUUGAUCAGCUCGAAGCUGGUACUGUCUUUGUGAAUAGAUGCGACUACCCUAACCCUGAUCUUGCCUGGACUGGAUGGAAGAAGUCAGGGUUGGGCUGUACUCUGGGGCCUCGCGGCUUCGAUGCGUUUGUCAAGCUCAAGAGCUACCAUGUAAAGGAGGCCCAGGCUUAA